CCAAAUGAUGUUUCAAGACCAAAAAACGAAUGGCAGUAGUCAAAAUAAAAGUCAAGAGAUAGACAAGGAGUAAGAGAGACAGAGAGAAAAGAGAAACGAUUUCGGACGAUACGAAGAAGAGAAAAAUAUAAUAAUGUAUUAAUUAUUGAAAGAGAUGUGUCUGAAGACAUAUCGCGAUUCAGAAACGAAAUAAGUGCACACAACAAAGUGGGAAAAGAACAAUUGAUUGCUUUUUUAGCAAUGACAAGUGAACACUAAUAAAAUUUAAAAAAAACCUUUUUUUGUUAAUUCGUAUAAGAUAGUUUAAGAAUAACAUAGGCAAGCUAGCUGCAAGUUUCUCAUUAAAAAAACAACGUUCCUCGAUGAAAUCAAUACAUGAUAUUAGGCCAGAUUUGACGAUAACCCGUCAUAUAUGCGAGAAAUUCAUAUGAGAGCGAGGUAAAUACAGGGAGAUCGAAAGAGAUAGAGAGGGCGAGUGAAUAAGAACCAACAACAACGGCAUCAAGCACCAACAAAAAAAGAAAAAGAAAAGUGAAUUUGUGUAUUCGUGUGUAAUAAAACUCCAUUGGACAGUGUACAGUAGUCCGAUACGUGUGUGCGCCAAUAAGAAAUUAUUAAGCUCGAUUCACUAUUACAAUUUUAUUUUCGUAUUAUCUGUGAAUCAAUGUCAAAUGUAUGGCAUUGAGGUUAAGGGGAAAAAAAUUUCAAAUGAUACAUUUUUAAGCGCAUCGCUCCGCUUCUUCUUGAGUUUCGUGCUUUGAUUCUAUAUUUUCGAUUAACUAUAUAUUUUAUUGAUCGACAGCGCGUAUAAUAAGAGAGCAAGCAACAAUUAGCCAAACGACGAUGACGACAACAAUAACAACGGCAAUAGCACUACAAACAAACAAAUAAACUGAUUCAACAUAAUCAGCUACGGCUAAAUUGACUGAAAGUUUGUAUUUUGAAACGGAACGCUUUUGCAUGUUCACCACAUUUCAACAACGAAUACAGAAAAAUCAAAAACUCAAUUCGAAUCCUCGUAAGCCGUAUGCACGAACAAUAUCAAGAGUAAUCAAGUUGAUACAAACGCGCGCUACAAUUUUACAGAUACCAAUUCGAAUAGGAUGAUACACAGAGUUUUGUGUUUUUCGUGCAUGCUAUUAAAUGUCACAACAAAAAUUAACCGUAAGUCGUGAUAUUCGAUCUACACUGCCAUCAUUCAAGGAAAGGUGAUUUUGCUGUCUCGCUUCUCUUUGCGCAAAUAGUUUGGCUUCGUGUUUCGUUGUCGCACCUGAUUUACACACAUUCAUUUCGAAUAGAUCCCAGAAAUAAAUAAAUAUAAUCAUCGCAAAAGAAUACAAAUUAAGCGAAUAGCAUAUAUAGACACAUCAAAGUACAUCAAAGUGAAGAGAGAAGCAGCCAUAAGCUGCCAAACAUUUUCGGAUAAGCAGUCAACUGAGCAUUGCAUUGUUUGUCAACAGGCAACAGCAACGAGAAUAAAAAAGAACCGAUUACACACAGAUUAAGGGAGAUAGCAGCAAUCCGAAAUUUAUUUUAAAAGAAGAAAAAAAAAACAGCAACAACAACCAACAGAUAAUAAAAAAUAAUAACGACAAAAAAGUCAGUGUUGUAUUUGUUUUUUGCUUGGCAAUUUUAACCAAUCGUGUGAAUUUGUAUGUUUCUUGUGAUCCACGACACCUGAACUAUAUACAGAGAUAUAUAUACAACAUAUACAGUGAUAGAAACGAGCACGCAUCAUUCAACUGAGAACGAGCCCCAUAAUUCACACACAACAAAUUGCAUUCGGCUCACAAAGGCGCGCGCGCUCAUCUGCUCGCAUUGUACACCAUACACCACUAAUACCAUACAGAAAAAAGAUGAGUGAAUCAUUAAGCACGAAAAGUGAAAAUGACGACGAAACUGAAAAAUGGUCGUGUGAAUAUUGCACAUACGAAAAUUUUCCGUCAUCGUUAAAAUGUACGAUGUGCAUGGGUCAUAAGCCGUUAUUAAAUGAGGAUAUAUUUCGACUCAGUCCGUCACAGCAAGUAUCUUGUAGUAAUAUUGUGGAGUCAUCCAGCUUGAAUUUAUCACAAAGUAAUUUGACCGCAUGCGGCUCUUCAAAUAAUCAAGAAUCACCAGUUAGUAAAUGGACGUGUUCGGUAUGCACAUUUGUAAAUUCGAUAAAAUGUAGCCGAUGUGCACAGUGCACGGUGAAACGUGAAUCGGAUACAGAUUCAUCAAGCCAUCAUGUACAGGAACAGAUUAAUGCGCUUAGCAUAAAAGAUGUUGAUGCCGAAUUGAUAGCGGCCAAUAAUCGAACAAGCCCAUUGCGUUCAACCAGUUUAUCAGGGUCGCGAACAAAUUUGGGAGCAGCUGGAAAUCGAAUAAGUCCGGUUGAUAACAAAUGUUAUUCAACCAAUAAAUGGCCGUGUUCGGUGUGUACAUACGAAAAUUGGCCAAAAAGUUUAAAAUGUUCGAUGUGCGGUUGUUCAAAAGAAGGUGGUGUUGUAAAUAAUGAGACUGAAAGAUUUGGUGCUAACACAAUAUCGUCGCCAGAACGGGAUAUCGAUGAAAAUUGUGCUGGAAAUUUUAUUAUAUCAAACGCAAAUAAACGAAAUUUAUCUCAUCAUCGCUAUCAAUUGAGUAGCAACGAACCAAUAAAUAACUGUGAUUCACUGCAAGAGCGUCGCCUUCGUCAAAUUCGACGACAGGCUGAUUGGCAAUGGUUAAAUGCUUGCGUUGGUGUCGUUGAGAAUAAUUACGGUGCCGUCGAAGCAUAUUUAUCGUGCGGUGGUAAUCCUGGCCGAUCACUAACUAGUACAGAAGUGUCGCUGCUUAACCGAAAUUCAGCAUAUGACGUCGGUCAUACGCUGAUACACCUAGCGAUCCGCUUUCAUCGGGAAGAGAUGUUGCCGAUGCUUUUAGCACAAAUAUCUGGUUCGGGACCAGGCAUAAAACGUGUGCCAUCGUAUGUAGCACCCGAUUUGGCAUCGGAUAUUCGUCGACAUGUUGCAACAUCGUUGCGUGUACGAAAAAAUAUGUUUAAUUGUCACUAUGUAACUGAACACGCGACCUUUUCACUGCCAGCUGAAAUUGAGGAGCUGCCAAUAUCGGUACAAGAGCAACUCUAUGAAGAAUUAUUGGAUCGUGAUGCACAAAAGCAACUGGAAACUUCACCGCCGGCAUUGAAUUGGUCGCUGGAAAUAACAGCUCGUUUGGGUUCACGUUUGAUGGUAUUGUGGAAUCGUAGUGCCGGUGAUUGUUUACUCGAUUCAGUGAUGCAAUCGACAUGGGGCGUUUUUGAUCGUGAUAAUGUACUGCGUCGUGCGCUUGCUGAUAGUUUACAUCAAUGUGGAAAUAUCUUUUAUCCGCGAUGGAAGGAAUACGAAAUGCUUCAAGCAUCCCUAUUGAACUAUACAUUAGCCGAAACACAAUGGGAAAUUGACUGGACUACAUUACUAUCGCUAGCUAAUCAACCGGGUUCGUCUCUUGAACAAAUUCACAUAUUUGCCCUGUCACACAUUAUGCGUCGACCAAUCAUUGUCUAUGGUGUAAAGUUUGUAAAAAGCUUUAGAGGAGAAGAUAUUGGUUAUGCACGAUUCGAAGGUCUCUAUUUACCAUUAUUAUGGGAGCAAAGUUUUUGUAUAAAAUCACCCAUCGCCCUGGGAUAUACACGCGGUCAUUUUAGUGCGCUCGUUCCAACCGAACCAUAUAGUCGCAUCGAUGCAGCUAGAGACGAUUCAGAAGAUGUUACAUUUUUACCAUUAAUGGAUUGCGAACAAAAAUUGCUGCCCAUACAUUUUCUAACACAAAAUGAAAUGGGCAGAGAAGAGUCAAUAAUGCGACAGUGGCUAGAUGUGUGCGUCACAGAAGGUGAUCUUUUAGUUGCUCAACAAAAAUUACACAAACGUCCACUCUUGGUUGCACAAAUGCUCGAAGAGUGGCUUAACCAUUACCGACGAAUUGCGCAAGUGAUGACUGCACCAUUUGCUCGUCGUCCAACAGUUACCGGUUACUCAAGCGAUGGUGAUACGGACGAAGAAUAGAGCAACCACCUUUUUUCAUUAUCUUAAACUCAACAAAGAAUAGAUCAAAACAACAGAACAAGAAAUUUUAAAUUAUCUUGUAUAGUGAAAAUUUGUUCAGUCGAUUUCACACAUUUUCUGUAAUCAACAUCGCACGUCUUACUACAUUGCCAGAUAUGCUGAUGAAAACCAAACCACAAGAAAAAAAAUCCUGAAAAUACAUCACGAUCUUCACUCUUGCAAUUUGUUCUAUGUCCUUCCCGAAAAGAUUGCUUGUCCAUACCAAAAUUACACGUCGUAACUUAUGAAGUGUGUAAAAGUUAUAUUUAUGCAAAAACAACAAAGCAUCUGGAUUUUAUUGUCGUGAUGAAAUAGUUUUAGUUAAUUGCAAAAGAGAAAUAUCACCAAAAAGGAAUCCGAAAAAGAUAGGAUAAAUAUAUUAAACGUUAGGUUUUUUCCUAAAUAUUUAAAAUUUGAAAAAUAUCCACACACACACACACGUGUCAGCUUUGUCGAAUAGCUUAUUUUAUCAAAUAUUGCUUAAAAAUGAUCGAGAAUGCAGCAGAUACUAAAUUUAAAAUCUCAAGAGAGUUAUAUGUGAUUUAUUUUGACAACCAACCGAUUGUUUCGAUUGUUGAGUGGUAUCUUUAAAGUUGAUACAGUUUGGCCUUUUUGAACGUCUAAAAAUUGAAGUUUCAUUCUUUUCGACGUUGUUCGAUCGACUUUUAUUUUCGUUAGGGAAUUUGAUUUUUACAUUUCCUAGUAUAAAGAAAUUUUUCUUCUAUAAAUUGUAAAAGAUAAUUUGUUGAUUUCCGAAAGUGAAAAAAAAAAAACAAAGAAAUACAAAAUUAUUUUUUAAAUAAAAUGAACUUUUUUCGAAAUUGGAGAUUUUGGAGAAUAUACUACAUUAUACUACAACAAAAAUUUAACUGUAAAGUGUUUUUUUUUUUUUGUAAUUUUAACAAAAAAAAAAAUUAGUCACCCUAUGUGGAAUCUAUAUAAACAUUCAAAUGUCAAUUUUAAUGCAGUGAUUUAAUGAAAAUAACAAAACCUAUAUUUAUGAGCGUGAAUGUAUAAGAAAUAAAGAAGAAAGAGAGAUAGCGCGCGAGAGAGAUUUUAUGCAGUGUAUAUAAAGAAAAACUUGAAUUAUUCUUAAGAUGAGCUCGAAAAUCGGAAAUUAUAAUUUAUAAUGUGAGCAUAUGGCAAGGAGUGAAGAAAAACGUACUUAUUUCUCAUAGAGAAAUUUUCAAAUAAAGACCAAACACAUCAUCACUCACAGUUGUGAUUUGAAAGCAGGAGACACAUUUUUUUGUCGUCAAAAAUGUACCAAAAACGUCACGCUGUAGUGACGUUUAGAAAUAGUUAUGUGUAAAAUUUUAAACCAAUGUAAUGGUCUCCAACAUCAAAAAUCGUUCUCCAUAUUUUGUUUAUAGAUAAAUUUAAUUUCGAAAUUAUGUUCAAACUAAUCAAAAAAUGAGAAUAAAAAGAAACAAAUAGGUCGAUAUUA